AUGAGGGAGGUACUGAUGUUUCCACCUCGUUUCACAGCCGAGCCAAGGGACGGAGGCUCCAUUAGGUCACGCCUGACAUGCGUCUACUUCCAGAAAGGGAGCGUCACGUGGACACUGUUCCUCCUGCUGCACAGGGGCCUCGGUGUAAACGUGCGGCACACGCGUGCCUGUGAGCGCCCCCGGGUCCCGAGCAUCCGGACAAAGGAGCGGGGGCGCUGCUGA